AUGUACGGAAGGACUAAGAAGCGUGCGGCGACCGUCAAACAGGCAUUGCCGACACAAGCCCCACGACAACGCAAGAAUGAGGCGAUUGCGCGUCUUGAAGCGGCACUUGCGAAGGAUGAGCUGCAAAUUCAGGGUGUAGCGUGGACGCGCGAUGACAAUCUACGAUGGUCGGCGGCAGGCUCAUUCUUGGAAGAGAGACAACUCCAGCUCGUUGCGUCUCAGGCGCUACAGCGACAGCAGAAGCGAUGGCGGCAAAAGGAGUCGUCCUUUCGAUCAUUGAAGGAGCUGUGCGCAAUACAACUUGCUGUGCAUAUCGCAGCCUUAACGCCAGAAGUGCUUGGGUGCCUCGCAGUGCAUCAGGCGCGAUUGGUAUGGCAGGCGAUGCAAGCGCUACUGCCAUCAAACUUGAAAGUAUGGAUAUUGUUUGCUAGUGCCUUUCCUCAUGAAUUGCAUCUCUUGGAGGAUGUUGAGGCUGGAGAAGGCAUUCUUCAUCCACUCGUUGCGAGACGCACACACGUCGGUGUGCGAGAAUUGCCACAAUGUCUGGACUUCCUUGCAAAUCCUACAGCCUCGUCAGUGUCUGCUACUCCAUCAUGGCAAGUUCUCUUGGAUGUCUCAGGCAUGCCGAUUCCCGUCGACAUGGCUUUACAAUUUGGCACAAUUAAGAACUUAUUGGUGCUCAUGGCAGGCAAUACAACCAUUGAUGUAUCGACUGUGCGUCACUGGUGCCGUGCACAGUCUGUUGGGAGAUUUGCCGAUUUACAGCUAUUGCAACUCGAAUCAAUAGCCAUGCCAUGGGCGGUUAUGAUGGACCUUGUUGCGUUUCCGGCACUGCAGCUCGUGUCGUGUCGGUGCACUGCUUCCUGGCCUCCGUGGAUACGAGCGUGUCUGAGUACGGCUGAGGGUUGGCAGAACAAAGUUUACACCCUCAAGCAGACUCCGUGUCUCGAUAUCUUUGUGCAUCUUGGUAGUCGAGCAGACAAACGUCCGACUCUACCACGCACGGAGGGUGAGGUGUAUUUUGUGGAUAUGAGCAAAGUGCGGCGCAUCCUCGCUGGCUUACAGAAGGAUCAGCCGGCAAUUUCGACAGCACCAGUGGUGUCUACUGUCAGGAAGAAGAGGACGCAGCAGCUGUCUGGAAGAAAUAUCCUGCAGGGAGUCUUGUAG